CGACCAAGAGACAGACUCUGCUCCAUCCAUCCUGAAGCUACAACAGCUGCUUCCUCCUAGAACCGCCAAUGGAUUUCAAUCAGAGAAGCUCCCACCGAAGCCUGAGUUCCUCCUCCCAGGGCCCUGCGCUCAGCAUGAGCAGCUCCAUAUAUAGGAGGGGGGUCACACCCAGCGUGUAUGGGGGUGCUGGAGGCCACGGCACCCGCAUCUCGACGUCUAGACACAUGGUAAACUAUGGGAGCGACCCUGCUGGAGGAAACCUGUUUGCUGGCAAUGAGAAGAUGACCAUGCAGAACCUAAAUGACCGCCUAGCAAGCUACCUAGAAAGAGUGCGGUCACUGGAGCAGUCCAACUCCCACCUUGAACUGCAGAUCAAGCACUGGUAUGAAACCAACACGCCUAGCACCAGUCGGGACCACAGUGCCUAUCUGGAACAAAUCAAAGAGCUGCGGGAUCAGAUUAAAGAUGCUCAACUGCAGAAUGCUCGAUGUGUCCUGCAAAUUGAUAAUGCUAAACUGGCUAUCGAGGACUUCAGGCUGAAGUAUGAAGCUGAGCAGGGGAUUUGCCAAACAGUGGUAGCUGAUCUUAAUGGCCUGAAAAGGGUCUUUGAUGACUUAAUUCUAACAAAGGCAGACUUGGAGAUUCAAACUGAAGAGCUGACUAAAGACCUGUAUGUUCUCCAAAAAGAACAUGAGGAGGAAGUGAGGGGCCUACGUGCUCAUCUGGGCAAUAAUGUAAAUGUAGAGGUGGAUGCUGCUCCAAGCCUGAACCUCAGUGCCAUCAUGAAUGAAAUGAGGCAGAAAUAUGAUGCCAUGGCCCAGGAGAACCUUCAGAAAGCCAAAGAACAGUUUGACAUACAGAUUAAUGAUCUGCAAAAGCAAGUCACAGUGAGCACUGAAGAGUUAAAAGGAACCAAGGAUCAAAUAAAAGAGCAGAGACACACCCACCAGGUCCUGGAAAUAGAGCUCCAGUCCCUGCUCAGCAUGAAAGAAGCUUUGGAGCGUACACUAGAGGAGACCAAUGCUCGUUAUAGCAGCCACUUGGCCGUAAUCCAGGCACAGCUAAACUCCCUCGAGGGCCAACUGGUGCAGGUUCGGACUGACACAGAACGCCAGAUCCAUGAAUAUAAUAUCCUCCUUGACAUAAAGAUCCGGCUUGAGCAGGAAAUUGCUACCUACCGCCGUCUUCUGGAAGGAGAAGAUGUCAAAGAAUAUCAGUUAAGCGCUCUGGAUGAGGCAGAGAUAAAGAAAACCAGGAAGAUUAAGACAGUCGUGCAAGAAGUAGUGGAUGGCAAGGUUGUGUCAUCUGAAGUCAAAGAAGUGGAAGAAAGUAUAUGAAGGGCUGGCAGAAGGCGAUGCUGCUGAGGUUUUGAAAGAAAUGUAGCUAUAACUUUUGCUCCCUUCAAGAAAGUGGCAUCAGAAACCACUAUUAAUGCUUCUUGGUGAUUAGAGGGGGGAGAGGGGAGUCCAUUUACCAGUCUCUGUAAUUGAAUAUAAAUGUUUUACUCAGAGAAGCUGCAAAUUGCCUGCAAAAAUGAAAUCCAGUGAUCACUGGGAUAUUUAAAAUAUCAUUACUGCCACCUUUAACACAAAAUGCAUUAAUCAAAGCUAUAGACCACCUAAUCUCAUUACUAAAGCUUACAAAGCAGAGGAGGCUAUGCAAACUACAAAUGAACCUCUCUAACACCUCCCAUUUCUGAACUGCAAAAAUCUCCUUUCAGGGUUUCCUGGAUUCUUGAGUCAAUUUUUUUAUUAAUUUCACUGAAUUUUUAAUAUCAGUAUAAUUCUGCUAGCUUUAAAUUAUAUUUGCUUCUCCUCUCAUAGUCUUGGCUGUCUUUAAAACUCAACUCGGCUCUGAAUAAUUUGAGAGUCAAAUUCCAAUCACAAACGCUGAGCAGAGUAAAAAUGAAUCACAUUAUGCUUGAAAUGGGAGUAGAUUAAAAGCAAAAUUAGCAAAACCUUUCUCAAGGCAGAAUGCUUCUCCUUCUGAUAAUAAACUGCAUAAAUCAUCAUCGGGUGCUCUCCUUCUUUAUGUGGUAAUUGUAUGUCAUGAAAUGUUUCUCACUAUUUUUUAAUAAUGGUUUUAAUGAAGUAUAAUUCACACCAUAAAAUUACUUCUUUUAAAGUA